AUGUUGAACCCAAGGUUGUACACAUCUGAAAAUUACGAGGACUCCUAUCAGAUUUGCUCUCUGAUCGGUGAAGGCGCAUUUGGUGUUGUUUUGAAAGGGAUAAAUAUUCAGAAUGGUAAGGUGGUUGCUAUCAAGCGAAUACCUCUGAAACGGAAUCGUCGGAAUGAAAUUGCAUUAAUCAGAGAAAUGUUCGCCCUUCGAAACGUUUACCACAAAAAUGUUAUUGUGAAAUUAUUCGAUAUAAUUGUGAACAUAGAUCUGGUUUCUUUUGUAAUGGAAUUUGUACGAUCAAGCCUAAGAUUAAUGAUUGAAGAUAUCAAUCGCCCACUGAAUGAGGAGAUUCCUAAAUUUUAUAUGUAUCAAUUAUUUACUGGUCUCAAUUAUCUUCAUGGUUUGAAUAUUAUGCACAGGGACUUGAAACCAGACAAUGUACUAAUCACAUCAUCUGGUUUGCUAAAAAUCUCAGAUUUUGGACAAUGUUGCAUUUAUGUAGCAGAUAAUCCAAAACAAAAUUAUGAUUGCGAGGUAGCAUCUAGAUGGUAUCGAGCACCUGAAUUAUUAUUCGGUUCUACAACAUACAAUCCUAAAAUAGAUGAAUGGGCUUGUGGUUGUAUUUUCACUGAAUUUUAUAAUGGCACACCACUUUUCACAGGUAGGAAUGAUAUCGAGCAGAUAGGAAAAUUAAUAACAGUUCUUGGUGCACCAUGUGAAGAUAACUGGAAAGGCUGGAAUAUUAUGCCAGAUUCUGAUAAAAUUGUGUUUGAAAAUAAUGAACCAAUAAAGGACUGGAAAAUCGUUGUGCCGUUAGCUUCCGAAUCAUGUCGUUCAUUACUGCGCAGUCUUAUAGUGUACUCAUCUACUGAACGAUAUUCGGCAGCUGAAGCUUUACAGCAUGAAUUUUUCAUUAAUAUUCCAAAGCAUACACCAUAUUUGCCACCUUCACUGAAUUUUGAAUUUACAUAG